AAAACCAGAAGCCGGUGCUCAGAGACAUUCACUAGUCGGAUUUCCUGCAGUGUCACUAGGGGAACCAAGUUCGUCAACCUCCAGAGAAACCGCAAAAAUGACUCCCUGGGGCAACGCCACGCUCUUCUUCUGCAUCUUUUUCAUCAUCUGCUGCUCCACAGUGACUGAGGCGCAGGUUCCCGUCGACUGCUGCUUGUCCGUAGCAAACUCCUCAAUCAGCAAAAGGCUGAUUGCAGAUUACCGUGACCAGGACAAAGGCUGCGCCAUUGAUGCCACCAUUCUGGUGACCAGACGUGGGAGAAAACUCUGCGCUCCGACGAAGGAACAAAAGUGGGUGGAAGACGUGAUGAAGCACGUGGAUCACCUGAAGAAAAGAUGCAAAACGGAGAACUACCAGGGCAAACACUGUUUUGGAGUGAAGCGUGAAUAAAAAAGCCUCUGGUUCCCUGAGAACGUCAAGUGAUUGACACGAAUCCAGUUAAACGUUUCUCCUGUUACCAAAAUAAAACCUUGUUUUUUUUUCAUUUAUCUUUAUAAAAGUAUAUAUGUUAAUUUGAUUUGCAAUCGAAAAACAGCAUCCUGAAGGAAUUUUAUUUUUUUACUUCUUUCCUGUUUGUAAAAAGUCUUUCAGAGAGAUAACAUGUUGAAUUAAGCUAACACAUGUGUAGCCACAUAAGCUAGCCUAUAUUUUCAUUAUCAGAGGAAGUUUCAUUGUAACAUUAAUGUGAAUUUUUAUCUCUAAUUAAAACCUUUUUAUUUCA